ACACGUCAAAGUGAAAAUUGGGGGCGGGUCCAACCUUUACAAACACUUCGUUAGUUAAGUAUCAUAUCAUCCGGAUUUGUGUGACCCAUUUCAGUACCUCUCUGUUUCUUUUUCUUUCUUAUUAUAUCCAAAAUCACCACCGUAUUCGAACCUCCACUGAUCUUUUCCCAAAUGGAUCACCUUGAUCUGAUUUCCAUGGUUCUGGAGGGUGCAUUGGAAGCGCAGAAAGAGGAGACACUGCGGUUGGAAGAGUCACAUAGGGCUGCUUUUGUUGCGUUAGUUGAAAAGGAGAGGGAGCGUUCCAUGCUUAUCACGAAAAACCGCGACUUGGUAGCUAAUGAAGCGCCCAAGGCAAAAUUUCUUGAGGACUUCAUGGUUUUCAUUGAGGCUAUUGAGAAUGAAGAUCUGGAGACUGUCCAGAGUUUCGAUGAGAAAGCUAUGAUGAAUACUAUUUUGUCAAUGAUGAACUGUGACGGCGGCGACAACGGCGGACUUGACCGCUUUUACGGAGACGAUGUUUUCAAAAUCGGAUUGAGUCUUGAAGAAAAAGCUACCAUGGAUGCGAUUGUAGCUGCCGUGAACACUGGUGGGAAUUGUGGGGGCGAUGGUGGAUUUUCCGAUGAAUACGGAGAGGACGUUCCUGAAAUCAAACUGGGUCUCAAUGAAAAAGCUACCAUGGAUACAGUUGUAACUAUGGUGAACAAGUACGGCUGUGGCAGCGGAAAAGGUGGUUUCGCCGGCGAUGACGAGCAUGGGGGAGCUACGGUUGAGGGAACAAACGGUGACGGCAAUGGAGACAGAAACACCGGUGGAUAUGGAGGAAGCUGCCACGAAAACCGCCGCCAGUUAGGUGACGAUGUGUCCUGUUAAUUACAUUUAUAUGCAAAGGUUAGAAGAUGUAUUUAGAAUUGUCGCUUCCUGUGAUUAUUGGUACUUGUUAUACUUGAGUCUGUGUUUGUUGUUGGAACUGUCUACUGCAUAGAUGCAUCUUCACUUUAUUAAUAUUAGCAUGUUUAAUUUUGUUUAAAAA